UGAUCUGCAAGAGAAGGAAGAUUCAGAAAGAAAGAAAGAGUAUAGAUACAGUGAUAUAAUGGCCUGCAUCAACACAUUCCAGAGCUGCUCUGUCCUCAGAGGGGCAAAGAUCAAUGGUACCAAGAUCAGGGGGAGGGGAUCACCAACCUUCCGGUGCCGGGCAUCGACGUUCGUGGACGGGAGCCUCCGGUUGGAGCUCGACGAGAACCCUGAAGCCAUCAUCUCCGGUGAGUGGCCGGAGAACUUCUCCCUGCUCAGCUACGAUGAUCUCCGCGCCUACCUCCAGUCGCAGGAGGCCGCCAUUGAAGCUAACAACCAGCGUGUGGCGCUCCUGAUUGAGGCCAUGUCGGCGCCUGUGAUGGUGGCCACUGCCGAGCAGACGCUGGAGGAGGUAGAGUGCCACUUUGAGACAGUCUCAGGGCUCCCAGUUGUAGAUGCCAGCCUCAGAUGUGUUGGAGUGAUCGUCAAGAGUGACCGGGCCAGGGCUUCCCAUGGGUCAAAGACAAGGAUUGCAGAAGUGAUGACCUCUCCAGCCAUCACUCUACCAUCUGACAAAACAGUAAUGGAUGCUGCAGCUCUGAUGCUAAAGAAGAAGAUCCAUAGAUUACCAAUUGUAAAUCAGGAAAAACAAGUAAUAGGUAUAGUUACCCGUGCUGACGUUCUUCGCGAGUUGGAAGCCCUGCUGGAGGAUUAGACGUGCAGUAGCCCAUGCUUCAAUCUUCUGUAUAUAUGUAAAUAUGCGCCCAUGGUAUUUUUGAAUAGCAGGAAGAUUUAUAAUCUGUAAGAGUCUUGUAGCGCGAAUCACCAAGAUAAGCCUGAGAAAAUCACUGAGAGCUUUUCUCUGUACAAUAAGCACACUAUCAAGCUUUCAUGGUAUCGUAUGUCUCUGAAAAAAAAAAGUUAAUAUCAGUGAAUGAUCUCCACGGCAACGUAGAUGAAUCGAUAUGCCUAAAGUUAUCUUUCAGAAC